AUGAAUAUCGCCGACGAAGCAACAAAGUGGGGUGGUGGGCCAAACUUUGAUGUCCGAAGCUGUUGGUUCCUGGGACCUGACUUCUUGUAUCUACCAGAGACAGAAUGGCCUGUAAGAAAGAUAGCACCAGACCCUCCGUCAGAGGAACUACGUGUCGUGCACGUGCAUCGGGAAGUCCAUAAUCAAUCGAUCAUCGACUUUUCUCAAUUCUCUCGUUUGGAAGAUCUCCUGAAAAAACUUGCAUAUCUGCAUCACUUCUGCAAUAAUUGUCUUUCGAGAGAAAAGAUUUCAACCAAAACACGGACGGUGUUACUGACCCAGCUAGAUUACAGCAGAGCGGAGAAAAGUUUGUGGCGGAUGGUGCAAGCUGAAGAGUAUGCAGCAGAAAUCGCAAUACUGCAAGCAAAUACGUCACUUCCGAUAUCUCAGCGUAAACGUUUAGAUAACUCUAGUCAGCUGAAAAAGCUGUCUCCAUUUCUCGAUGAAGACGGUAUUAUUCGUUUGGAAAGCCGAAUAGACCCCGAUGCCUCUUAUUACUGCUUCGAUUUCCGCAAUCCAGUAAUUCUACCCAGAAAAAGUUAUGUGACGGAAUUACUCAUCUUUCGAUUCCAUCAACGCUACGGACAUGCUAAUAAGUACACGGUUAUAAAUGAAAUGUUGCAGCGUUACUAUGUUCCUAAGCUACGAUCAAUGGUUGACAAAGUGAUCAAACGCUGUACCUGGUGCCGUGUCUACCGAGCUAAACCAAGUGAACCAAAAAUGGCACCACUACCACAGGCUCGAGUUCAUCCAUAUGUACGUCCGUUUACAUUCACUGGGUUGGACUACUUUGGACCAAUGGUGGUAAAAAGAGGCAGAUCCAAUGUGAAACGUUGGGUGGCGCUGUUCACCUGCUUGACUAUACGAGCUGUUCAUUUGGAGGUGGUUCAUUCUUUAACUACGGAGUCAUGCAGGUUGGCAAUACGACGAUUUGUGGCGAGAAGAGGUGCUCCCCAACAGAUCUUCAGUGACAACGGCACAAAUUUUCGAGGUGCUGCGAAAGAGUUGGCAGAUGAGACCAAAAAUAUCAACCGCUCUAUAGCCACGGCAUUCACUAAUGCUGAAAUAGCGUGGCAUUUCAACCCCCCGUCCGCCCCGCACAUGGGUGGCGUUUGGGAGAGAAAGGUUCGUUCUGUUAAAGAGGCCUUCAAAGUAUUGUCAAAUCGAGACAAACUAGACGAUGAAUCACUCGUGACGCUUCUCGCCGAGGCAGAGAUUAUGGUCAACUCCCAUCCCCUUACAUUUGUACCGUUAGAAACACCAGAACAAAAGGUUCUAACUCCAAAUGACUUCCUUCUUAUGAGCUCAAGUGGGGCAAAUAACCCAGAACACAUUCCAGUUCAUGAGGAAGUAUCACUACGAACAAACUGGAAGUUGAUGCAACAUUUACUCGACCAAUUUUGGAAGCGCUGGAUUCAAGCUUAUCUCCCUACGAUUGCAAGAAGAACUAAAUGGUUUGCCGAGGUUCGGCCGUUGCAAGAUGACGAUCUCGUAGUCGUGGUCGACGAAUCCGUGCGGAAUGGGUGGCUUCGAGGUCGCGUGAUCAAGACUUACCCAAGUCCGGACGGCCAGGUGCGCAAGGUUGACGUCCAAACAAACAAUGGGAUAUUGCAACGACCAGCGAUCAAGGUGGCUCCCCUGGACGUACUAGAUGUUAGGAAGACCAAUUAA